AUGCAAGAGUUCCUUCAAACAGGCCUCUCAGCGAUCACCACGUCCGCAGAAUCAAGGCAAAUCUUUAUUGACAAUCUUGCCACUGAGCACGGCCUCGCCCGAGUCCGACAAAUUGUCGAAACAAACUUCUCCAUGCCAUAUAGCGUUCUCAACCCUAUGUUCGACCCUCACUGCAUCCUAUUUCUUCACAUCAUUUCAAACGAGGAGAUUAGACAUUCGCUGGUAUUGGAAAAAGCAGUGGGAACCAUAUACAAUGUCAUCUAUGGAUAUGAUGGCAAUCGGGGCAUUGGUUUCUUUAGAAACGUUACAGAUUGUUUAGCUCAGAUGACAUCUGAAGUGAAUGGCAGGAGAAAGGUUGAAGAUGCGCUGUUCCUGGCAACAGCGGCGCUACUCACUACUCUAACGCUCAAUCAGGGGGCUGCGAUCAAGACUGAAUUCAAGAAGGUCGUCGAACAGCUCUGCAUCUGUUACGACGCCAAGGAAAUCAACUAUGGCAGUUCAAGUCUUAACGUACGUUCAGCGCAUGAGAAUAUUCUCAAGAUUAAAGACAUACUCCAUAUGGGGGAUACCAUCUCUGCCUCCAACGCAGCUAACAGUCAUGCCACAACUACUUCUCGAAAGAAGCAGCCAGAAUUGCCCCAUCGUGAGCCUCAUCUCGACCUUCCUGGCGAACUGUCCCAAUGGGGUCCCCGCCAUGACAAUGACCACGCACUCAUCUCAGAUAUCAAAAUCUUACCCACGCUCUCUGAAAUCCUCUGUAAUCAGCGAGCAGAUUUCCUCCCCCAGCGACAUAACCCCGGUUCACCAUCCAUACAUCACGAAACAGGUGUUCUUCAACUCCUUGACUCCCAAUUUCGCCUUCUACGAGAGGAUACUUCUGGUUUACUCCGUGAUUCCAUCCGAUUGAUUUUAGAGAAUUGGACUACUUUUGUUCAUAACUCUGAUUGGCGGAUCAAACGUAAAAUUCUGCGCGAUGGCAGUCCAACUCCUGUUCGGAUCUACUCCGAUGUUGAGAUUCAGCGAAUCAAGUCGAACACGAUAAAGGGGGUGGAGAUUGAGGUACAGUUCGAACAGGCCCGCAGGGCAAGGCAUCCUAACUUGAUGAGAAGAAAACAAUGGUGGUAUGAGUCCCGGGGAUUGAGGGAAGGGGGGGCAAUAUUGGCCGUCAUCGAUGGGGAACCAGAUGAUAUCACUGUCAUUUUCUUGCAAGUAUCGAAAAGGGAGAUUUGCACCUCGGACCAUGAUGACGAAUCUGGAAUUCAUGAUCUAGCAAGCGACGCUAAAAGAGCGAUGAUCACACUGCGCCUAGCAGGUCCGAACUGCAAGGCCGACCUGUCCAGUCUUGUCUACCUCGCUAGCGAUACUAGACGCUCAUUUCCCUCACCCAGGCCAUUAAUGCUAGUCGAGUUUCCGGCUGUGCUGUAUAAUUCCUUUGAAGGAAUUCUAAGAUGCCUCCAAUCGUUACACACUAACCCAACUAACAUUCCAUUUACUACCUGGCUGGCUCCUCGUGCGCAUGACAAAGUAUCCAUUCGAGAAUCAGCGACAGACUACAGUCACAGAGGAGCUUUUGUCCCCCCACCUGCAUACCUUGGAAGCGCCAUUCUCGACCUCUCCUGUAUUUCCACAGCUACAGGCAAUGACAGCAAUAGCGCCACCACACCACUAACCAUGUCAAUCUCCCACGAUCCACACAUGUUAUCUACAAGGCUCUCUGAAGUGACGACUUUAGAUACUGGUCAAGCAACUGCGAUGAUUUCAGCAUUGAGACAUGAAAUAGCACUUAUCCAGGGUCCUCCAGGGACUGGGAAGUCAUAUGUAGGAAUACAAAUCGCAAGGGUCCUAUUGAACAACAGAGAUCUAUUAGGUUUAGGACCGAUCCUAUGUGUCUGCUACACCAAUCAUGCGCUCGAUCAGUUUCUCCAUGAACUUCUCGAUUCCGGUGUGACCAACAUCUUACGAGCUGGCUCCCGUAGUCCAUCCCCCCGUCUAGAAGCCUUAUCCCUCGAAAACUACAAGAGAAAUGGACAAAUCCCACGUAUUCCAGGUUUGGGGAAAAGAAUAAGUGACUGCAGGGCCAGUAUGGAGAAGUUGAGUAUGGAGAUUCAGAGAGUAUGCAGACAGAUCCAAGAGAGCAAUGUGAGGAUGGUGAAGGGGUUUUUGAAGAAGAGAUUUGCAGUGCAGGCGGUAGGCAUAUUUGGCGGCAUAUCGGAAGAGUUAGAUGCUGGCCUUGAUUCUGAGACAAGAGAUGAUGCUGCAAUAGAAACUUGGGUUUCCGGUGAUGCACCCGGUGACUUGAGCGGUAGUGACACUGAACGCUCUAUUGACCAGCUGCUCCUUGCGGAGGUCUGGACGUUGAAGAACUCGGAGCGCGCUCGUCUAUAUCAAUACUGGCACGACUCGGCUUUAGCUGAACUUUCGCAACACUUUCACGACUUAGUUCAACGACACAUAUCGGCGAAGCAACAAUAUACCUCUCUAUUCAACCAAUCAUACAUGCAGUCUCUCGACAGAUUUCAUAUCAUUGGAGUAACAACCACCGGUCUGGCAAAUAAUUCUGAUCUUUUGCGUGGUCUUCGGGCUAAAGUCCUUAUUUGUGAGGAGGCUGGAGAGGUACUAGAAGCACAUGUUCUUACUGUGCUUUUACCGUCUAUCCAGCACGCCAUAUUGAUUGGGGAUCAUCUUCAACUGCGUCCACGAAUUUUGAACCUCAAACUUUCGAUGGAAUAUGACCGCGCAGGGCCCAAAUAUAACCUCGAUGAAUCGCUAUUCGAGAGACUAGCCAACUCGCGAUUUGAAGACCGGACUAUGAAUGGGGAAGAGAAGAGAGGGGAGGAAGACCAAUUUCCGAUCGCACAACUGGAUCACCAGCGGCGAAUGCAUCCUAUGAUCUCCUCCCUCGUUCGCAAGACGCUUUAUCCUAAACUCCGUGACCACCCUGACACAACCUCUUACCCUGAAGUUUCCGGUAUGAGACGCAGGUUAUUCUGGCUUGACCACCGCAAUGUGGAAGAUGCUGGUGAUCCUGAGGACAUUAUGCAAAGUAAGACAAACAUAUGGGAGGCAAAAAUGGUUACAGCGUUGGUGAGGCAUCUAUGCAGACAAGGAAAGUACAGGCCUGGUGAAAUUGCGGUGUUGACACCUUAUAUGGGACAAUUGAGGCAGCAGCAGCACCAAAUGGUUGGAAAAGGGAAAUUGUUGGAUGAGUUGAGAGUAGCCAGCGUGGACAAUUUUCAGGGCGAGGAGGCAACCGUCAUUAUAGUCUCCCUGGUACGAAGCAACGUAUACCAGAAUUGCGGAUUUCUCAAGACGCCCAACCGAAUCAACGUUCUCCUGAGUCGCGCGAAACACGGCAUGUACAUAAUUGGCGAUGCCAAAACCUCAUCCCACGUCUCAAUGUGGUCAUCUGUCAUUGAACUACUAGAGAAAGGUGGCAAUAUCGGUUCGAAACUCGAACUUCAGUGCUCUCGUCACCCCGAUAACAAAAUCUAUGUCUCCUCCCCCGACGACUUCGCCAUCCAUGCCCCAGAGGGUGGAUGUGCAGAGAAAUGCGGACUAAGAUUAAGCUGCGGGCAUAGUUGCGCAGUGAAGUGCCACUCGACAACACUGCAUGAAGCGGUUAAAUGCAUGGAGUUGUGCACGAGGGUAAGGGAGUGUAGACAUCCGUGUUCGAAGAAGUGCAAUACUCCGUGCGGUGAAUGCUACGAAAAGAUCCUAAACGUCCUGCUUCCAUGCGGACAUGUGGCCAAAGAGGUGGAAUGCCGAAAUAUGGAAAAUCUUGCUGGCGUAAAAUGCGAACAUCCUGUGGAGCGAGAGAUGCCCGGAUGUGGCCACCAUCUCACGGUACCGUGUCACGAAAACACGACCGAUUUCAAAUGCUUGCAUUCAUGCGACAGCUUACUCUCUUGCGGGCACAAUUGCCGAAAGCCAUGUUGGAACUGUAUGCAGACUAAUGAUCACGGUUCUUGCAAUAUUCCAUGCGGACGAUUAUUUACAAUUUGUUCGCACCGCUGCGAUCAUCCAUGUCACGACGGCGUUCCCUGUUCUCCCUGCAAUCUGCCCUGUGAGACACGUUGCAAACAUAGCAGAUGCCCCAAGAAGUGCAGCGAUCCGUGUGCUCCUUGCGCGGAGCAAUGUGGAUGGAGCUGCGAUCAUCGACGCGAUCGCUGCAGUAUGCCGUGUGCGGUCCCAUGUGAUAUCAUUCCUUGCGAUCGCCGCUGCGAAAAGAACUUGGUAUCUUGUGGACAUCAAUGCCCUGGGGUUUGUGGCGAGGUCUGUCCGGAUUCCAAGUUUUGCCGAAUCUGCUGUGCGCCGGACAUUCUUGAGCAAUAUGUCGAUUUUGUUAUGUUUAGAAGAUACGGCGAAAUUGAGAUUGAUAAGGAUCCAUUAAUCUUCCUCUCUUGUGGACACUUUCAUACAGUCUCCACCCUCGAUGGCAUUAUGGAGUUGACUCAGCACUAUGUCACCGACUCCCAAACUGGCAAGAUUGUGAGCCCGAAAUCAUCGCAACGGGUAGUAAAAUCUGGGAGCGCGCCUAAAGGAUGCCCAGUCUGCCGCAAGCCACUUAGAGAUAUCGACCGCUACAAUCAGAUUAUCAAGAAAGCAUUUCUGGAUGAAGCAACGAGAAGGUUUGUUGCACAAGCGAAUUCAAGAUGUGCGGAGCUGGCGGAGAAGAUUCAAAAUCGAGAGAUGAAGAUAGAGAGGGAAAGAAGCGAGUUCGUGCUGCAAUGGUUGAAGGAACUUGGUGAGUUAAGAGGGUUGGAUCAAGUUGAGCGUGCCCUGGAGGCAUACCAAAUAGAGGGAAUCAGGCUCCAAAAGGACAUCAAAAAAUUCACGAAAUCUGUGGAAAAGACAGAGCAGCCUUUCGGGAGGGUCAACGAUUUGCUUUCCGCUGCACUCGUCAGACAGUGCGAUAUAACAACAGAAGCCCUCAAGUUUGAUGAAUCAGUCAUCCAAACCGGAUUCCAGUUUCGCGGGCAAUGUUUGAGUCUUCGCCUCAGCUGGGCGAUUCUUUGGGAUUUUGACGCAAUCUAUAGUAAUGACUCAGUCGACCCACGUAUUCGUUCGGCAUUGCGCAAUAAGGUAGCAUCCCAGAUUAGAGGGUUCUUGGACAGAUGUCUCUCGCUCGUAAAUGCGAGUCAGAAUGCCAAAUUUCCACAACAAGAAGCAGAAGCGUGGAUCUAUCGCGCAUUAUUCUCUAUGCUCUUACGCAGCAAUUCCCGAGCGCAAGGCCAACCUGUUGACAAAGCUACCGAGGUGUCGACGCGCCAGGUGUCGGAGGAAAGCUUGGAGGAAUUUGAAAGACUCUUUUCGCGGCAUCCCGGCAGUUUGGCAUAUCUCAAGGACGAUGCUGAAAAGGCCAGAAGGCUGGUGAAUGGUGGGACGUUUUAUACAAUGGUAACGGCAGAAGAAAAGCGAGAGGUCUAUAUGGCUAUGGCCAGGCAGUUUUCAGGGACAGGCCAUUGGUAUUACUGUCGGAAUAAUCACCCUUUCACGGUAGGGGAAUGUGGAAUGCCAAUGGAAGAAGCUCGAUGUCCACAAUGCGAAGAGCCCAUUGGAGGCCAUGAUCAUACUCCUGUGCAAGGGGUUCAGAGAGCAGAGGACAUAGAGAUUGAGUUUUCUUAG